GUGCUUCGCCAGAAAAUAAGCCCUUGGAAAGGGUUUGGGGUCGCUGCUUGCAAGUACGUCCGGGCGGCCGGCUUCCAAGCUUUGGGGAGCCUGUGCCCGCUUCCCCGGGAGUAGGUGGCCCAAAGUUAAAGGGGAACCCUGCUCCCAAGCAAGCCGCUUUAAUCGGGUUCCGAUUCGGAUCGAGGCUGUCGUCGAAUGGCUAGACUGUGCGCCUGGCACUCGGGAGAGUUCCGCUUGGCCAUGAAGCUCGGCCACUGGGUUAACUUUGGGCUAAUUGCCAGUUGUCAGCCUAGCCUACCUCAUAGGGUUGUUGUGAGAGUCAAGAGAAGAGGAAGAAGACCAUACAAACCAACCUGAGCUCCUUGCAAGAGGAACAAGCGGUGCGCUAGAAAUAGAAGACCCGCAGCAGCGCCACCCGGGCAUCUGCUCGCAAGACAGUCCUGCUGAGUUCAGUGGGUUUACUCCCAGGCUAGGACACUGGCGAAAGUGGGAACGUGAACCCAGGUCCUGAUUUACUUGCUGCGUUUGCAGAGCGCUGCUUCGACUGCAAAGAGAUGAAGGGAGAAACUGCAGAGGCGAGGAGGAAACGUCAGUCUGGAGCUUAAAUGCAACCUGCUUUCGCCAAGAAAGGGCAAACUAGACCCUCUGCGUUAGAAUGCACUUCUUAAGAGGCUGAAAAUGUUGCAACAGGGAGUAAGAGAAGACUUUAUAAGUAACCUGAACGGAACCACCUUGGUGGAGAUCUCUGUCGGCUUACCUCUUGCGCCGUUAUGCCUGCUCUUCAGGGGACUAGUGUUGAUCUUGUAUUUUCUCCACUGUGGAAGACAUCUGUGUUCUCAGAAUGGCCAGUUUCUUCUAGACUUUACUGUCCUAGUUAUCCCCCCAGUCCUCUCCUGUACAAUCCUUUCCCCCAUCCUCCUUUUCGUCAUAUUGUCCAUGACAGCCCUGUGUGCUGUCUUGGUUUCUUGCAUCUACAGCAGGAGAACCAGCAGGGCCAAAGUGCCAUUCAGCCAAAUCCUGAGCGAGUUCACUAGGACGAGCUUGGAGCCGGACUACAUUCCUUCCAUAACCACGUUCCGAGUGUUUGUCAAUGUGUUGACGUCCAUCAGCAUUCUGGCUGUGGAUUUCCCGCAGUAUCCCCGCCGGUAUGCCAAAACAGAGACUUACGGAACGGGAGUGAUGGAUUUUGGUGUCGGAUCAUUUAUUUUUGGAAAUGCAGUGGUUUGUCCAGAAGUGCGGCUGAAACCUGGUACGGUUCGCCAUAGAUUCUUCUACUUGGCCAGGCAAUUGGUUUCCGUGUGGCCUUUGGUCCUCCUUGGAGCUGGCCGGCUGGUGAGUGUGAAGGCUGUUGACUACCACGAACACGUCUCUGAGUAUGGCGUACACUGGAACUUUUUCUUCACUUUAGCGGCCGUCCGAAUAGCUGCCUCGCUGCUUUUGGCCACAUUCCCCGUGCGCCAGGCGUGGGUCGUUGCGGUGGUCCUCGCCGUGACGUACGAAUGUUUUCUCGACUUGACGCCUCUGAAGGAGUUCAUCCUACAUGGGAGCGACGGACAGAAUUCGAGGGCUGGGUUCCUCAACGCCAACCGGGAGGGCGUCUUUUCGGUUAUUGGCUAUCUUGCCAUUUACAUGGCUAGUGUGCAGAUUGGCUUGUAUUUAUUAAGGAAGCGAAGCACAGUGAGAGAGUGGCUUGGGGUCAUAGGCUUCUUUCUGUGGAACGUUCUCCUCCUCUUCUUGUGCCUGCAUGUAACUCAGACGUACGUCGACAGAGUCUCCCGGCGACUGGCAAACCUCGCCUUUUGCCUGUGGGUCAUCGCUCACAGUCUGGUGCUGUUCAGUUGCUUCUUAGCAGCUGAUCUCAUUCUGGCAUUCACAAAGUUUCUCGUGGACGAGGCCGACAUUCCUUGCAGCUGGACCUUUGGAGAGCCGUCGGCAACAAAUAAAAAACUGGACUGGGAGCCCCGUGGCGGCCAACCAAAACUGCAGGGCACGUGCUUGAUCAGUGCUGUGAAUAAAAACCAGCUCUUGUACUUCUUGCUGGCAAACAUUUUAACCGGGCUGGUGAAUAUGCUGGUGGACACAGUUCACAGCAACACCCUAACCGCCAUGUUUAUCCUACACUUGUAUAUGCUUUCGAACUGCCUAUUGAUGUAUAUAUUGCAAGCGAACAAUAUUGUCUUGAAGUGGUGGUAAUUUAUUGGCACUGUAUCAGAAAGAAGCCUUGUCGCAGAAGAACACAAAGGCUCCAGUCUUUUUUCCUGAGGCUCUGUCUGUAUUUAUUCGUUGGUCUGUCUUGCACUGGGCUAUUUAAGGAUCCGUUUCUGAAACUGGAGGAUGGCAGCUGUUUCAGCUCGGGGGGACCAAAUCAAGAAUGCAUUUAGAAACUAUUACAAAGAUCCAACUUAAGUCAAAUCUUAUUUUCCAGGAGGUAGUCCAAGAAAUGCAGUUAAAAAGUCAAAAUGAAAAUGUGAAUCAGGUUGAUAAAUACAAAUAACGUAGGAUUUGGUUGAACAAGCAGUAGGAUCAUCAUAGUACAAUAAAAGUUAGACUAUAGUUAGCCUAGAGUAGAUUUUUUAAGAUGACAAAUGCUGUAAGAGAAGUACGCAACCAGCCUUGGGAAUACACAUUGCAUGGUGUUCUCAGUUCUGCUGUGUGGCAUAGAAUUGUGGACUUCAGUGAAGACCAUCAUAAAAAGAUAGAAGCAUUUCAAAGUGGAUUUAUUGCAGGAAAUUAUUAUUA